CUUCAAUUUGAAGAGAUGAAUAAGAUCGAAGCUAAUUCGAAGUUAGUACGUGAUAGAAAUGAUUCUAAUUUUAGUAAAGCCACUAAUUUUAAAGAUAAGAUUUUACGUGGUCCAAUGUAUGGAGUGAGACAACAAUGUGAUUAUGUUAUUGACGC